UUAAAUUCACUUCCAUCAAAAGAGAGAUAAAGAGAGAGAGAGAGAGAAAUGAGGGCAAUAAAGAGUGUACCAACAUCAUCUCCAGUGAGUGGCAGUGGGAUUAAUAUAUGGAAGUCUCCAAUUCCUUACUUGUUUGGAGGCUUAGCAGUGAUGCUGGCUAUCAUAUCUAUGGCAUUGGUGAUCCUUGUUUGCUCCUACAGAAAACGUGAUUCUCAGUCAUCAUCAUCAUCAUCUGAAGUUGAUCAAGAAGAAAUUAAAUCACAAGCAAUGUCCAAGAACUUAGAGACAAACUCGGAGCCUGAGGUUCUUGUCAUAAUGGCUGGGAAUCACAACCCCACAUACCUUGCCAAACCAAUCACUUCUUCUUCUUCUUCAAUUUACUGCACUUGUGGGGCUCAAACAAACCCUUCUUCAUCCUCAUCCACUGAGUGAAGGCUAACCAAAUAACAAUAUCUCAAGAUCAACAAAAUUUUGCUCUACUCUGGCAGUUUUCUUCCUUUUCAAUUUUCAUAUUCCUCUGGUUUUGUGAGAGCACGGAAUGUGAUCACUGAAGAUGAGUGCUUACUUCUUUUUUUGACAAUUUUGCUUUUUCAUAAUGAAAUGAUCUCGCGGCUUAUAAUUAAUUAAUUAUUAGACUUUAUAUUGUUACAUAUAUUUUGCUA